AUGACCCUGAAGACAGCUAAAGAGAUCUGGGAUUUUCUCAAGAAAGAGUAUGAAGGAGAUGAGAGGAUCAAGGGGAUGCAAAAGCUGAAUCUAAUAAGGGAAUUUGAGUUGCAGAAGAUGAAGGAAUCUGAGACAGUUCAAGAAUACUCAGAUAAACUUCUGAGAAUUGCAAACAAGGUGAGAUUGCUGGGAGGUGAAUUUGCUGAUUCAAGGAUAGUGCAGAAGUUACUUGUGACAGUUCUUGAAAGGUUUGAGACAACAAUCUCAGCCUUGGAGAAUUCAAAAGACAUGUCAAUCAUCACUUUGGCAGAACUUUUGAAUGCCUUGCAAGCACAGGAACAGAGAAUGUUUAUAAAGCAGGAAGGGUCAAUUAAGGGAGCAUUGCAGGCUAAGUUAUGUUGGAAGAGACCAGAUGUUAGGUGUAACAAAUGCAAGCAACUGGGACAUAUUGCUAAGAUAUGCAAAAGUAAAUCUCAUCAAGCUACAGAAGCUCAGGUUGCUGAUCACCAGGAAGAGCAAUUGUUUGCUGCAAAUUAUCUUUUAGCCAAUUGUUCAAAGGAAAUGUGGCUGGUAGACAGUGCCUGCUCCAAUCAUAUGACCAGCAAUCUAGAGUUAUUUAAGGAGCUUGAAGACGUCGGGGGCAUGAAGGUGAAGAUAGGCAAUGGAGAUUACAUGGAGGUCAAAGGCAGAGGAACAAUUGCAUUGGAAAUCUCUUAA